CGUCCCCACCCCCCGGGAAUUCUAAUUCUCUGGGAAAGUGUCUGCUUCCCCGAGAAUCCUCGGGGCGGGGUGCCGGGGCGCGCCUGGCGCAAAAUGGUUAAAACAAAGUCCACGCGCGCCCCGCGGCCCCUCUUACGGAAAGUGUGCGCGCCGGUGGCUGGGCACCCCCUUUGCUGAUCGGAGGGUUAGUUCCCCGGAGGAAGUCCGGCUGUGUCAGGGGAGGGAUGCCGCAGGCUGGUGCCGGCUCCCGCCCCCAGGCCUCCGGCGGGGCGCACCUCCCGCCAGACGGGCGCAGCGCGCCGGGCCGGGGCGUCUGCGGCGGGCGGCGGGCGGCCGGAGCGCGCUCGACCCGGCAGCUCACUCUCUCUGCCUCCUCCCCCCAGGAUUACCGAGAGGAUGGGAUGGAUCUAGGCAGUGACGCCGGCAGCAGCAGCAGCAGCAGCAGCCGCGCCAGUUCGCAGUCCAACUCCACCAAAGUGACCCCUUGCUCCGAGUGCAAAUCCUCGUCGUCGCCGGGGGGCAGCCUGGACUUGGUGUCUGCCCUGGAGGACUAUGAGGAGCCCUUCCCGGGUUACCAGAAGAAGGUGAUUGAUGAGUGGGCGCCGGAGGAGGACGGGGAGGAGGAGGAAGAGGAGGACGAGCGCGACGGACGAGGGUACCGGGAUGACCGCUGUCCCGCCCGGGAGCCGGGGGACGUGAGCGCCAGGACCCGCAGCGGCGGCGGCGGCGGCGGCGGCGGCGGGGGGAAAGGAGCCACCACCGCCAUGCCGCCCCCCCUGCCCAACGGCAACCUCCACCCGCACGACCCCCAGGACCUCAGGCACAAUGGCAACGUGGUGCUGCCCGGCUGGCCCAGCGGCGCUCGAGUCCCCCGCCGGGCGGUCCAGAAGCCCCAGCUGGCGGGGGGCCUGCGCGGCGGCCGGGGCCCGGCGGGGGGGGGCCUCUGCCUUCAGCCCACGGACAGCGGAACGUGCGUCCCAGAGGAGCCCCCGAUGCCCCCAAUGGACUGGGAGGCGCUGGAGAAGCAUCUGGCUGGACUGCAGUUCCGGGAGCAGGAGGUGCGGAACCAGGGCCAGGGGAGGACCAACUCAACCUCAGCACAGAAAAAUGAGAGAGAAUCUAUCCGACAGAAGUUGGCACUCGGGAGCUUCUUUGAUGAUGGCCCAGGAAUUUAUACCAGCUGCAGCAAAAGUGGGAAGCCAAGCCUUUCCUCUCGCCUGCAGAGUGGGAUGAACCUGCAGAUCUGCUUUGUCAACGACAGCGGCAGUGACAAGGACAGCGAUGCGGAUGACAGCAAGACGGAAACCAGCCUGGACACCCCCUUGUCGCCCAUGAGCAAACAGAGCUCUUCCUAUUCCGAUAGAGACACUACUGAAGAGGAAUCUGAAUCCCUAGAUGAUAUGGAUUUCCUCACCAGGCAAAAGAAAUUGCAAGCUGAAGCCAAAAUGGCCCUCGCCAUGGCCAAACCCAUGGCCAAAAUGCAAGUAGAAGUGGAAAAACAGAACAGGAAAAAGUCUCCCGUCGCUGACCUACUGCCACACAUGCCUCAUAUAAGCGAAUGCUUGAUGAAGAGGAGUUUAAAGCCCGCUGACCUGAGGGACAUGACUAUUGGGCAGCUACAAGUCAUAGUCAAUGAUCUCCAUUCUCAGAUAGAAAGCUUGAAUGAAGAGCUGGUCCAGCUGCUGCUCAUCCGAGAUGAGCUGCACACGGAACAGGACGCCAUGCUGGUGGACAUUGAAGACUUGACCAGACAUGCCGAAAGUCAGCAAAAGCACAUGGCAGAGAAAAUGCCUGCGAAGUGAAGAGGAGCCAUCCCAUCAGAGGACAAGCUAGACGUCUUUUUGCUUCUGUGGUUGUAAAAAUGCUGUUGUGCAAGGUGGCGCAGAAACAAACAAACAUCAGUGUUAGUCAUUGAUAAUGUCUGAAGCUUCGUGUCCAGUGAUUGGCCUUUGCUUCUUUUUCUUUCUUUUUUUCCCCCACAUUUUACCAGAUGAAUUUAAUUGACAUUUUCAGAGCAUUAUACCCCAAAACUGCAGGGCACACAUUCCCCUCAACUCACAUGGAACACCCUCUAGGACAGACCACAUAUUAAGCCACAAAACAAGCUUAAAUGAACUUAAAAAGAUUUAAAUCAUUCCACACACCUCCCACCCCACCCCCAGCCACAAUGGCAUGAAAGUAGAAAUCAAUUAAAAAAAAAACACCUGAAAAACACACAAACACAUGGAGGCUAAAUAACACGCUACCAAACAGUGAAUGGGCUAACAGUGAGACCAAGGAAGAAAUCAAAAGAUACCUUGAUCCCUGGCUGGUGUGGCUCAGUUACUUGAGUGCCAUCCAGUUCAAUUCCGGGUCAGGGCACAUGCCCGGGUUGUGGGCUCAAUCCCCAGUAAGAGGCGUGCAAGAGGCAGCCAAUCGAUGUUUCUCUCUCAUAUUGAUGUUUCUCUCUCUCUCUCUUUCUUCCUCUCCUUCCUCUCUCUCUAAAAUCAAUAAAAACAUUUUUUUUAAAAAAAAAAGAUACCUCAAGACAAGUAAAAUAAGAACACAACCCCAAAUCUAUGAGACACAGGGAAAGCAGUCCCAAGAGGGAAAGCAGCAACAACACGGGCCCACCUCAAGAAACAAGAAAGUCUCAAACCAGCAAUGGAACCUUUCACCAGAAGGCAGGUUUUGAAUGAGCCCAUUGGAUUAUUUUAAAAUGUGUACCAUGAUCUUCAUUGGAUUGAUUGAUUGUUAUUAUGGAAGUAUUCUUUUUUUUUUUUUAGUGAGUAAAGUUCACCAAACGUAAAAACUAUUUUAAAAUGAAAAAUCCAGUAGCAUUUGAUACAUUUACAAUGUUGUGUGAUGAUCACUUCUAUCUAGUUCCAAAACAUUUCAUCACCCCAAAAGGCGACCACAUACCCAUGAAAUGGUCAUUCCCCAUGCCCACCCACAGUCACUGUCAGCCACUUGUCUGAUUUCUGUCUCUAUGGAUUCGCUUAUUCUGGAAAUUUCAUAUAAAAGGAAUCACACAAUAGAAAAGACAAGGUUUCCCUUAAAAACAUAAUGAUAGGCAGACCCCUACUAAAAUUGAAGAGUAGGUGGCACACAAAAUUAAAUUCAGAGAAGGAAAAUCAAUUUCACAAGAGAGCACUUCAUCUUGAAGUCUUCAUCAUCUGAUGUAGGCCAGGAGUUGAUUAAUUCCAGGUUUGCUGAAAGCCCAGAAACAGCGACCACAAGCUGGAGUUUUGUGCAGCCUGUUCUGCUCCUUAGUCUCCAGAACUCUCAUUCGCUGUCCUUGAAUUUGUUUUUCCUGAUACUUGGAUAGAUUCCUGUAGACCAAGAUUGCUACUUUCAGCACACUGUUUAGAUCUUCUUCAUUCUAAGUUAGUUGGUCCUUGCUUCCCAUCUGAUCGACUUUUGUGCCUCUAUUUAAUAAAAAUUCCACCAUUUGCUCUUUGCUUUCCUUUAGACUCCUUAAGUGAAAGUGGUCCGAGGUCAUCCUCGUGUCUUUCUUCCAUAUUUGCCUUGUGUGAAAGCAGCCCUUCUACUAUUGCUGUAUUUUGACCAGUGGCAGCACAGUGGAGAGCAGUGUUGCCGUCGAUGCCCACUGCAUUUGGACCAGCACCAUGGUCUAACAGAAUAGUUGCCCAGGCCUCUUCCUGGCAUUGUAUGGCCUUAAUCAGAGCUGUUCUGUUUUCAUUGUUACAGGGGUGCAACAGGCAUUUUCCAUCUGCUAGGAGGGAGAGUAGCCAUUCCCAGAUGGCCAUUGGCGCAGGCCGGAUGUAGAGCAGCCCUGUUCUUCUUGUCUCUAUCAUUCAAGCCACUUCACCUGAACAAGACAAUUCUUCACUCUCCAUACGUUGCCCAGGCCGGCAGUUUUGUGAAUAGGCAUUUUCUGUCGGCUAGGAGGGAGAGUGGCCACUCCCAGAUGGCCAUUGGCACAAGCCAGACCUAGAGCAGUCUUUUUCUUCUUAUCUCUGUCAUUCAAGCCACUUCACCUGUUCUGCUUCUUAGUCUCCAGAACUCUCAUUCGCUGUCCUUGAAUUUGUUUUUCUUGAUACUUGGAUAGAUUCCUGUAGACCAAGAUUGAUACUUUCAGCACACUUUUUAGGUCUUCUUCAUUCUAUGUUAGCUGGUCUUUGCUUUCCAUCUGAUCGACUUUUGUGCCUCUAUUUAAUAAAAGUUCCACCAUUUGCUCUUUGCUUUCCUUUAGACUCCUUAAGUGAAAGUGGUCCGAGGUCAUCCUCGUGUCUUUCUUCCAUAUUUGCCUUGUGUGAAAGCAGCCCUUCUACUAUAGCUGAAUUUUGACCAGUGGCAGCACAGUGGAGAGCAGUGUUGCCGUCAAUGCCCACUGCAUUUGGACCAGCACCAUGGUCUAACAGAAUAGUUGCCCCGUCCUCUUCCUGGCAUCGUAUGGCCUUAGAGCUGUUCUGUUUUCAUUGUUACAGGGGUGCAACAGGCAUUUUCCAUCUGCUAGGAGGGAGAGUAGCCAUUCCCAGAUGGCCAUUGGCGCAGGCCGGAUGUAGAGCAGCCCUGCUCUUCUUGUCUCUAUCAUUCAAGCCACUUCACCUGAACAAGACAAUUCUUCACUCUCCAUACGUUGCCCAGGCCGGCAGUUUUGUGAACAGGCAUUUUCUGUCGGCUAGGAGGGAGAGUGGCCACUCCCAGAUGGCCAUUGGCGCAGGCCAGACCUAGAGCAGUCCUUUUUUCCCCUUACCUCUAUCAUUCAAGCCACUUCACCUGGACAAGAGAAUUUUUCACUUUCCAUAUGUUGCCUGGGCCGGCAGCUUUGUGGAUCUUCCCCAGAUUUUUGUCUGGAAUGUGGUAGCGUGCCCUCUGUCUCCCGCGCCACUCCUCCCGGGCUGGCGGAGGAGCCCAAGGGCAACACGUCCAGCCUCCUCCGAAAGGUAAACCUCUCUCUCACACGAGAGCCCACGAGCUUCAGAGAAGCCCCGCCUUCCCUCCGCUUUUCUCGACUCCUGAGCCCAAUACUCUCUCUAGAUAAGCCGACCACCUCACGCCACAACAUUCAAGCAGGGCAGUUUCCUGGCCUUUGCUUCUUAAUUUAUUUUAAUUUUUUUUUUUUACUGUGCCACUAAAUAUCAGGCAUUUUAAUAAAAUAUUGUUACAGAAAUGUACAGUGCUUACACCAUCACAAAAUCCAAAAGGGUAGUUUUUAUUUUUAUUUGUUUAGAGAUUUUCAGUUGAAGCAGUAUUUUACCAUUGACUACUUUCAUUCUUCACUGUAGUUUUAAAGAACUGUAAAUGACGGUGCUAUACAAGUCAAAAAUCCAUGCCUGCCUCGUAGUGAAGUUGUAGCUCUCCGUAAUAUGUAUAUUUGAAUCAGUUUUCAACAUUUUGUGAAUGUUGACUACCUGAAGUUCAUUUUUAGAUGUGCUAUUAACAUUCUGUUGGAUUCAGAGGGUUCCUUGAAAGUUUUAUGUAUAAAUAUGUAAAAUAAAAAUUAAAACUUUGUUUCA